AUGGGGGCACUAACCAAAAUCAGUGCACUGAUGGCCGAUAUUGGGGGCCUAAAGAUGGAAAUAGGGGCCUCCCUAUACAAGGCUUGUAUCCGCCCCCUACUCGAAUUUGCAUACCCAGUUUGGUGCUGCGCUCCCAUAGACCAAAUUCUGAAACUGGAGAGGGUACAGCGGAUUGCACUCCUCAGGGCAUCAGGGACCCUAAAUUCGACACCUACAGCUGCCCUGGAGGUGAUGACCAACGUACCACCGCUCAGAAUACGCUACGAGGAGAUACUCGCACAGGAAUUUAUACGCAUCCAUAGGAAGCCACACACCAACCAUCUUAGGUCCAUGGUGCUGCAGCACCUGGAUGACAGGAGCUACAUGGACCACCGUAUCCUCACGCCGCUGCACCAGAUAAAAAUGGCCGUGAAAGACUUGUGCAGAGAGUUCGACCCGAGGCGGGUCGAUCACGAACUAGUGUAUCUGACGGAACGUAUGCACUCAUCCAUCGUUAUAAGAGCCACCAACACCUGGCAAACACUAGGAAACAGUAAGACCAGAACAUCCAUACAAGCCUCCGCGGCCCGGAAGAUCACACAACAACAGAACAGCGAGACCGAUAACAACUGGAUCAUCGCCUUUACUGACGGAUCAGCACUCGGUAAUCCUGGCCCGUGUGGAGCGUCUGCUAUUAUCUACGCGAACGGUAUGGACAGUGAACCAUCCUCUAUCAGGAAAGCUGUGUCCAAGAAAAGUAGUAGUUACCAUGGAGAAAUCUAUGCAAUUUACUUGGCAGUUGACUUCACCGUAAACUACUCUACUACACACCACAUUGCAGGCAUUAGAAUCUUCUCAGACUGUCAAAGUGCCAUCUUGACAGUAUCAAAUUCGACCCAGCAUAACAACUUUACAUCGCUCUGUUCGGACAUCCUUGAACGUGUACAACAGCUCUACGACAAGGAAAUCGACGUCGACAUUUGCUGGGUUGCUGGUCAUGCGGGACUGGCAGCAAACGAGUUAGCGUGCGCAGAGACGAAAAUAGCAGCUCAUGAAGCAGCAGACAUAGAGGAUGCAGAACAUCAAGCGCCCCUGUCUCUGUUAGAGGCAAAAGGAGAGACCAGGAAAGCAGUUAUACGGAAAUGGCAACAUCGGUGGGAUAUAUCGGAAACAGGAAGGACCUAUUACCAGAACAAGCCCUCAGUCACAGUUAAAAGCGUGCGCAGCAAGCAAUACAGAUAG